GUGUCGGGGAGGGGCGGGAGAGAAGGGGAGGGGGAGGUGGCGAGGGUGUGUUUGGUAACUCUUGGCCGGCUAGCGACCCUGCACCCCUGCAGCAAUUCUAAGAUGAUGGGCGGUGGGGAGGCAGAACUGGAGUCGGUGGAAGGGGAGGAGACCGUCGCAGUCCCAGGGCCACCCCCAGAACCUCGAGCCCCCGAGUCCCGAGUCCCAGUGCCCGAGCCUGGCCUGGACCUGAGCCUGAGCCCUCGGCCGGAGAGUCCAGAGCCGCGGAAUGGCAGGCUCGGGCGGCGGAAGGGGCGGGCAGAGAGGCCGGUAGGAGCUCGGAAGGGGCGGCAGGUCCGUUUCUGCCUGGCGCCGCCCUCUCCCGUCCGGUCCGAACCGCUGCCAGCAGCGGCGGCACCAAACGACAAACCCGCGGUGCUGCAGGAGCUGGAGGCGCCCUCGCUGCAGAGCAGCUUGGCUUUGAGCCUAGAGCUGCAGGCCGCGCGGGCCGCAGUAGGGGGCCAGUUUGAUGCAGUGAAGGCGGUGGAGGAACAACUGAGAAAGUCGUUCCAGAUCCGUUGUGGUCUGGAGGAGAGCGUGGCCGAGGGGCUGAAUGUGCCGCGCUCCAAGCGGCUCUUCCGGGACCUGGUGAGCCUGCAGGUGCCAGAGGAACAGGUUCUGAACGCUGCGCUCAGAGAGAAAUUGGCGCUCCUGCCUUCCCAGGCCCGAGCCCCGCCCCCAAAGGAGCCACCUGGGCCAGGGCCAGACAUGACCAUCUUGUGUGACCCCGAAACGCUACUUUAUGAAUCUCCACACCUCACCCUGGAAGGGCUGCCCCCUCUCCGGCUUCAACUCCAGCCCCGCCCUUCAGAGGAUACCUUCCUCAUGCAUCGGACACUGAGGCGAUGGGAAGCUUAGACCUCUGGACUGUUACUUUACAUUUUUGUAUGUUAAAACUCUUUGAGAAUAAACUGGUUUUGCUAACAAA